AUGCCCUGUGGGCACCUUUUUGGGCCCCACGAAGGCCUCCCUCAGCCGGCGCGGUCCCGGGGGCCUCCCGCGCGGGGCUACCCGAGCGCUCGGCUCUGCGGGCCGCCUCCUCCUCCCCGUUGUCCCCGGCCGGGCCCCCCGCCGCCCGGCGGCUCCCGUUCCCUCCGCAGCAGCCGGCCGGGCGGCACCGGGGUGCACGCGGCGGGGCUCGGCUUCGGCGCCCCCUCCCCCUGCUGCCCGCCGCCGACUUGGCGCUCGCGAGCUCGGGGUCCGGGAUUCCGGGACGCGGGGGUCGUCGGGGUGCUCGGCUGCCCCGCGCUCCCUCCCGCGCGCAGCCCCUCUCCGGGGGGAGGGGGGGCGCCUGGCUCGCGGCGCGCGGGCGUCACGGGCUCGGGGCGCGCGGGGACGGCGGCGGGGUGGGCCCCGGGGCGGCGGGCGGGGGCGCUGCUGCAGACGCGGGCACUGAUGCGGGCGCCGCGGCGCGGCCUCUCGCCAUGGCUCCCGAGCGAGCGGGCGGGCGGGCGGUUCGCACCUCCCCUCCGCGCUGCCGUCACCGCCGGACGCGCGCCGAGCCCUCCCCUUCCACCGCCCCGCCCGCCGGCCCGCGCCGCCACCUGCGGGCCGCCCUCCAGGAUGCUCUCCCGGGGGAUCGCGCUCCGGCUGCCGCCAGCAGCGCCCCUUUGCCCUGCGGCCGCGGCCCUAGGCCUGCCCUGCGCCUUGCCCUUUGCGGCUGGGCUCGGAGAGGGUCAAUCUAAGGGGAGCACGGGACUCGCGCGUGCAGUUUGCCGCCAAAGCAAUGAAGUCCAGGCGUGGCGUUCCUGCAGGUCGUAGAGGACAUUGGGAAGACACGGAGAGGAUUCUGACCAGAACCAAAGACGCAAGGAAGCUGAAGCAUAGAAAACCUGGUUUCAAAUACUCGUAGAGGAUUUGAAGGGUGCGGUGAAGACUGGUUCAGGCAAGAAUCAUCAAUGGAUGCUAACGGUAGAGCGGAUUUUACUGGGGAACAGAUAUUUCCUUGGCUUAACAUGUCUCUCCAUAUAGAUGGUUGAGGCUUAUAACAGCAAGGGGGAACUAUUCACAAAGGAGCAGGUGGACAACAUCUUCCUUCACCAGGUGGUCAAAAUUAACAUCACCAAUGACAGCAGACGGAGAUCAUGUCCUCAGAACACAUCACCUGUGCGGUAUUCCAGGGAGAACCAACAACCUGAAUCUGAUGAUGACACCUUAGACCAACCCCAAAUGAGGAACAUCUGUUAAAAAGGGGCAGGUAGGGGCUGUAUUCUUCAAACAUGUCAACAUGGUAAAAGACAAAAGAAGGCUUGGAAAUGUUCCAGAUUUAAGGUUGCUAAAAAGCCGUGACAGCUUAAUGUGAUCCUUAAUGUAAUGUGUAAGGAAAGGAAAUGCUAUAAAGGAUAUUUCAAUGGACAAAGUUGGAAUCCUGAUAGAUUAAAGUAUUGGAUCAAUGUUAAAUUUGCUGCUGUUGACAACUUGUCCUAUGGUCCUGCAGAAGAAUAUCCCUCUUCUUAGAAAUACACACUGAGGGGGCACCUGGGUGGCUCAGUCAGGUGGGCCUCUGACUUGGGCUCAGGUCAUGAUCCCGUGGUUUACCGGUUCAAGCCCCGAGUCUGGCUCUGUGCUGACAGCUCAGAGCCUGGAUCCGCUUUGGAUUCUGUGUCUCCUUCUCUCUCUGUCCCCCUCCCAUGCUCACACUCUGUCUCUCUCUCCUUCAAAAAUAAACAAACAUCAAAAAAAUGAAAAGAAAUACACACUGAAGUGUUGUGCAGACAUGAUGUGUGCAAUUUAACCUUCAAGUGAUUCAGAAAAAAACACGUUGAUAGGAAAAAUGGUAGAGUAAAUGGGGGAAAAUAUUAACAAUCGGUGAAUCUGGGUACAGAGUGUACUAAAGCACUUCUGCACAUUUGAAAUAUUUCCAAAUAAAAAGAUU